ACCCAACUUCCAUACCUCUUCAAUUCUCUCAAAGUUUGGAGCUUUUCCCUCUUUCCUCUUUUGGGUUCACAGUAAUUGGGAUUUGGGAGUGACCCAUUUGAGUGAAACAGUUUUCUUCUUUCUGGGUUUCGCCAAAUUUUGAAUCUUUGAAUGACCAUAUUCUUCUUAGAUUCUAUCAACUACUGUGUGUGCCGCCGCCGCCGCCAUUUCUUCUUUGGGAAUUUGUAAUAAUGGAAAUGGAACACAAGAGUUUGAUCACCGAGUUGACUCAGGGGAAGGAGCUGGCCCUUCAACUCAGAACCCAUCUCCACCCUUCUUCUUCCUCUUCCCCAGCAGAACCAUGCUUCUUCUUGACUGAAAUGAUUCACUCUUCUUUCGAGAAAGCACUGUUGCUUCUGAAAUUCAACUCUUCUAGUUCAAUAAUGCCAGAUCCGACAACCCAUAAAAUUGCUUCGGUGGAAGAAGAAGGAGAAGGAGAACCCCGCAAGAACAAGAGGAAGAACAGUAGAGAUGUGUUGAAGAGGAGAAAAUUACUGCCUAAAUGGACAGAGGAAAUUAAGAUUUGCAGAGGAACUGCCCCUGAAGGUCCUCUCAACGAUGGUUAUAGUUGGAGAAAGUAUGGCCAAAAAGAUAUCCAUGGUGCUAAUUUCCCAAGAUGUUACUACAGAUGUAGUCAUAGACAUGAACGAGGAUGUUUGGCGACAAAACAAGUUCAAAGAUCCGACAAUGAUCCAAACAUUUUCGACGUAACCUACAGAGGACGACACACAUGUAACCAAUCCACUAAUAAUUUGGGGUUGGUUUCUGGUUCACCUCAAAAUGAAAUCUCUGGAGAUCAAGGAACCGGUCAGAAUCAGCAGCGGAACCCGAAUUCCGAAAUUUUGUUCAAUUUCGGUGUUAAAUCGGAGGAUUUUGACGAUGUUUUUCCGCCCAUUUCCUUUCUCUCCUCCCCCAUGAUGGACCUGCCUUUUUUUGCCGACGGCGGCUUGUCUGCAGCGCCAGUUUCAUCAGCCACGUCGGAGGAGACGGCCUGGGACUGGAGCGGCUACCACGGCGGAGGGAUUCAGAUGGUUCAAUCGUCGGAGCAAUCGGACAUGAUUUCCGCGACUACUUCAGUGACCAAUUCGCCGAUUUGUAACGAGGAUUGGGAUUUCGAUUUUGACCAGAAUUUCCCCUUUGACUCUCUAGAUUUCAUCUCUUCAUGAAGUUUUUUUUUAAUUUUUUUUUUAUACC